AUGGCUUCUCAAAUGAGCAAAAAGCGAAAGUUUGUGGCAGAUGGAGUGUUCUUCGCGGAGCUGAACGAAGUGUUGACUCGUGAGCUAGCUGAGGAUGGAUACUCUGGGGUCGAGGUCAGGGUAACUCCAAUGAGGACCGAGAUCAUCAUUCGAGCCACCCGAACUCAAAAUGUUCUCGGUGAGAAAGGAAGGAGGAUAAGAGAGCUGACAUCGGUGGUGCAGAAACGGUUCAAGUUUCCGGAAAAUAGUGUGGAGUUGUACGCCGAGAAGGUGAACAAUAGGGGGCUUUGUGCUAUUGCUCAGGCGGAGUCGCUUCGUUACAAGCUCCUCGGUGGUCUUGCUGUCCGGAGGGCCUGCUAUGGGGUGCUGAGAUUUGUCAUGGAGAGUGGGGCAAAGGGAUGCGAGGUCAUUGUUAGUGGGAAGCUGAGGGCACAGCGUGCUAAAUCCAUGAAGUUCAAGGAUGGUUACAUGAUAUCCUCUGGUCAGCCGGUCAACGAUUAUAUUGACUCUGCUGUUAGACAUGUUCUUCUGAGACAGGGAGUCAUCGGUGUUAAGGUUAAGAUCAUGCUCGGUUGGGAUCCCAAGGGAAAGCAGGGCCCCACAACUCCGCUCCCUGAUAUUGUCACAAUUCAUCAACCCAAGGAGGAAGAAGAAUACAUCAGGCAAUCAAUGGUGCCGGUGCCGACUGAUAUUGAUGUCCCAGCCCCAGUUCCAGUUAUGUAGAGCAUUCAUGUGUGCUGGUCCUCCAAAUCAUUUCCCAGUGUUAUAUUUUUUACAAAUAUUUGGCUGCUUUGUAGUUUUCUUUUUGACAGUGUUGGGAAUUAUGGAAGACCUGUGCUGAGAUUUUUCAUCUUUUUAGUUGCCAAGUUAUGUUCUACUUCCAGUUGUGAGCUGAGAUUUUGUUUGCGUUAUUUAUGUUUUCAGUUAUUUGUUUUUUGGUCUGUAUUCUCUCUCUCUGUGGAGUAGACGUUAAAUAGAGU